AUGAUCGAAAUUGAGCUUACUUGUCGUCUUUGUCGUGAAAUAGAGGAAAAUCCUGAGUCAUUUACCAUUAAGGUCCCCAUAAUCGCAAAUAUUAAUUAUCUCAGAACGAUUAUUUUCAAAGAGAUCAAGAGAAGAAUUAAUGAUGUCAUUUAUAUCGAGCACGAUCACUUGGAGCUAUGGAAGGUAAAAAAGGUAAAAAUUGAUAUUCUGGAAAAGCUCGAGGUAACAAAACUUGUUAGCAAGCACUGGGAAGAACAACCUGAAAGAAAGCACUUUCACGUUAUUGUAUGUUCUAAAUUAAUAAUCAAAGACUGGGAGAACCGACGAUUGAAAAAACUUGUCAAAAAAAUCGAAAAGCUUACUGACCUUAGUCUUAGUGAUAGAAAUAUUUCUGCGGAGGUUAUCACAAAUCAUACAAGUAUAGACGAUGAAGAAAAACUAAUGUCCGAUGGUUAUGUAAUUAUGUUAAAUGACAUACUUUAUUGA